UCAGGAGGAACUCCACAAUACAUGCUGUUCAUUAUGAGACUGCAGCCCAUACUGUGCUGCUGUCUCUGCCUCCUGCCAGGAGUUUUGGGGGCUCAGGGGAAGUUCGCCUACAAACUGAUGAAUGAUUUAUUUGCCAAUUACUCCAACGCUUUGCGCCCAGUAGAAGAUAUGGACAAAGCUAUGAAUGUGACGCUGCAAGUCACCCUGUCACAGAUUAUUGAUAUGGAUGAACGGAAUCAGAUCCUGAUGGCUUACCUGUGGAUCCGCCAGGUUUGGUUUGACGCCUACCUGCGCUGGAACAAGGAGGAUUAUGAUGGACUCGAUACCAUUCGUAUACCGAGCAGUUAUGUAUGGAGACCUGAUAUAGUCCUAUAUAACAGCGCUGAUGACCAGUUCACAGGCUCGAUGGAGACUAAUGUGGUGAUCAGAUAUGACGGGCAGAUCAUGUGGGACUCUCCGGCCAUCACCAAGAGCUCCUGUAAAGUGGACGUUUCCUACUUCCCCUUUGAUGGUCAGCAAUGCCGUUUGACCUUUGGCUCCUGGACAUAUAAUGGUAAUCAGAUUGACAUCUUGAACAAGCUGGACACUGGGGAUCUGUCGGACUUUGUGGAGAAUGUUGAGUGGGAGAUGCUGGGAAUGCCGGCGAAGAAGAACGUGAUCACCUACGGCUGCUGCUCGGAGCCGUACCCCGAUGUCACCUACACCCUAAUCCUGAAGAGGAGGGCGUCAUUCUACAUCUUCAAUCUUCUUCUUCCUUGUGUCAUGAUCUCCUUCCUGGCACCACUAGGGUUCUACCUCCCGGCAGACUCUGGAGAGAAGGUGUCCCUGGGUGUCACCGUCCUGUUGGCCCUCACUGUGUUCCAGCUGCUUGUGGCUGAGAGUAUGCCGCCAUCCGAAAAUGUGCCACUCAUCGGUGAGUACACAACUGCUGAAGGCCGGAAUAGGUUAUCUGCCCAGUGUGACACAUACUCCACCACCACGAGAAAAGGAGUCUGUGUAGGGAAACCAGUCCGAGGGGGAACAGAACACCAUAGGACAUGA